AUGUAUCCAAAAAAUAAGCCCCUGCCUCCGGAGGCCGCCGGACGCGCAGCGGAGCUUUCGAAUAGGAAUCCGCCACCAGUAAUCGUCGAGAGUAACUCAUCAUCGCGGACGAGGGCGUUUGCAUCGAGUGUUCCUCCGGCUCCACCCAUGCCCGUUGCACCAUGUGGCGAAAUAAAUGGAACCAGUUUGAUUCGCCAUACACCGGGGAACGACCUCUUACACCAGCACGCUUCCUUCAAUCAAACUGUCCCCGGAAAUAUUAUGAAUGCGCAGAGGUUAAGCCCCGUUGGAAGUGGGAGUUUUCAGAUGUCCAAUAAUAGCCUCUCCAGCAGCGUCCCGCACGGCCCUGGAGUUAUGGGACACCCAAUAAAACCAAUGUUUCCACCUUCGGUUCGUCCUCCACCGCCAUAUGCAGCGGUGUCGCCCAACUCGAGCGGGAUUAUAGAAGAACGGAUGUUGGACACAUUUGGCGGCACCCGCUCAUCGCAUUCCAUGACUUGGGGACGUCUAAACCAAACACCUCCGCCUCCCCCACCGCCACCCCCGCCGCCGUUCAUGGCUGAGCUUCCGCCUUAUCCCGAAGCCGCUGCCGCUGCAGUUCCUCCACCACACCGGUGGGCUCAUGGCAACGAUACGCUGGGAGGGCCUAAAGUUAAAAUAAAUGGAGAAUCUGCAGCUCACACCUCUCAAUCGGAUAAGAAUGGAGAAGUGCCUUCGACUGAAGUGGAGGGACGAAAGAGUGAAUCGGAUGUAUGUGGGGAAGGGAGCGAGUUGUUGUUGCAGCAGUACCGUUCCGAUGUGAGGUUUCUCACGAAGCUGGUUGUAGCCCUUUUAGAACGUAUGCAUCCUGCGAAUUCCUGUAUUUCGGGAACGAAAACGGAAGAUGUACAGAAGGAUGGUAGUGACAACUCCACGGCAGAAGACUCAAGUGCGGGUGAAGGUACUUCAUCGGCACUGAAAAAGCAACUGAGGGAGUUGGAAAAUGUUAUUACUCAGCUCCAGGCCAGGGAGGAGGCGGCGAUGUCUCCCAAUACUCAACGGCUAUUCGAUCGUGUUCUCUCCAUCCCGCAGUUGACUGCCCUCGCCUCUCGAGUGGGAGGUGCAAGUGGAGGGGCAUUAAUGCCACAUCGCAGUGUGAGUUCCUUUGGGGGAAGCGAUGAUGUUCUUUCACUUCGUGUCUCUUCAGAGGUGAAGGCAUAUAUGCGGGCGGUGGACUUUGAAACAACGCGGCCGUUGAUGUUAAACGUUGUUGUUGCAACGGACUCCGCUGCGAGCUCACGAACCCCCUCACGAACCACAUCACUACAAGGUGUAUCCGCUCCUUGUGCAAAGGAAGAGACUACAACCCCUUUGUAA